AGAUUCACAACAGAACUAAGCAUGAGUACCAGCCAAGGCCCCUUUCAAUUUUUUUCUGGGUCCCUCCGGGGUAGUUCAGGGUGUGGUUUUGCCCAGCAAGGAACUUCUUACAGACCUUCAGGUGCAGAGGGUGCCAGCAGCACACACACCUCCUUCUCCUCUGCCAGACCCCUCUGGCUGGCUACUGGAGGAGGGGCACCCUGGGGAGGCUUCGGCGAGCACCCUGGGGAAAGCAUCUUCCUGGGUGGGAAUGAGAAACAGACUAUGCAAAACCUGAACGACCGUUUGGCUGCCUACCUGGACAAGGUCCGCUCCUUGGAAGCAGCUAACGCUCAGCUGGAAAGCUGCAUCCUAGAGUGGCACAGGACAAAGUCUCAUGGCAAGAGGCACGACUUCAACCAAUACGAGCAAAACGUCACUGACAUGCAAAGACAGAUUGAGGAUGGCAAGAUCACCAAUGCCAGUAUCCUCUUGCAAAUUGAUAACGCUAACAUGGCAUCCGAAGACUUCAGGCUCAAGUACGAAGCAGAGAAGUCUCGCAGGCAGGGAGUGCAGCUUGAUGUUGAGAACCUGCGUAAGGAGCUCGACGGCCUGACCAUUGUCACAACAGAUUUGGAAAUGGAAAUUGAAGGCUUGAGAGAAGAGCACAUCCUCAGGAGGAAAGACCACGAGGAGGAUAUGGAAGCAAAUCGCUCGUCACAGGACUUCAAGGUCAACGUAAAAGUAAACGCAGCGCCUCCUGAAGACUUAGCCAAGAUUCUAGCAGAAAUAAGGGAAGAUUAUGAAGCCAUAAUUGAAAAGAAUCGUCAAAGCCUGGACAGCUGGUACAAAGAACAGAGCGCAGCGACAUCUCUGGCAGCGAGCCCUAACCCAGAACAGAUACAGCGCAACGAGAACGAGAUCAAGGAUCUAACCCGAACGUUACAGUCUCUGGACAUAGAGCUGCAGGCACAGAUGAGUAAGAAACACAUGCUGGAGGACACCUUGGCUGACACUCGGAAUUACUAUGCUGUUGCGCUUCGAAACAUGCAGCAGAUAAUCUCCAAAUGUGAGGAAGAGCUAAGCCAGGUUCGGCAUGACAUCAAGCAGCAAAACAACCAAUACAAGGUUCUUCUUGGGAUCAAAACCCGCCUGGAGAAGGAAAUUUCCACUUACCGCCUGCUGCUGGAAGGGAAUGUUGACGGGAUAGCAAGAAAAUCUGAAUCAAAAGCUAAAGAACACACUGGGCUGACCAGUCGAAAGAUCAAAGCAAUCGUCCACGACAGCGUGAACGGGCAGGUGGUGUCCUCCACCAUCAACGAGAUCCAUCGGCAAGCGUGAAGGAAAAAGUUCCGCUGCCUGUUGGCUCUCCGAGCAGGCUACGCUCGGCCAACCCUUCUGUGCAACUACGUGCUGCACGUUGGUCUCCCCGUGUGUAAAAGAGGGAUGCUAUAGUGAACUCUCUCCUAAAAUGAUUUGCAGCCUAACAAUGAAAAGUGCCAUACAGAGCUAGGUCUAGCCGAUAUUGUUAGUUUAAAGAGGUUUUAGUCACCAAAACGUCGAAGAAAAGCUAUUUGAUGAAAAUGAUUGGCUGAGCUGGUAAUAUAUGUCUUACGUACAUCUCACUGGGGCACCAAUCUCCAUCGGUGAUUCAUUUACUGCUCUGCAAAUUAACUGUAAUUUAAAGCGAAUAAUCUCUCAGCUGUUCUCCUGGUCUUAUGUCUCUCAUCAUAUACCUCACU